CACGUAAACGCCGUACGCUAUUGGGCACGCGUAGUGAUCAAUAUGUCCACGUGAUCUGUCGUCAGUCGCGCUACUCGCGUAAUUGCAAAUGCAAAAUGUCUGAGAUGAAAACGUUUGUGCUACAAUGAAAUCAUAUUUUGUUAUUAUCAGUGUAGUGUUAUAGUUUUAAAAUGCCUGCAUCAAUUGGUGUGAAUUUACGGGUGACUGGUCACUGCAGUCAAGGCGGGAGAAAGUAUAUGGAAGACUUGUUUUCCGUUGCUUAUCAACAAACGGAAGAUGAGAGGGAUUUGGAGUACGCUUUCUUUGGUAUUUAUGAUGGUCACGGGGGCAGUGAGGCUGCAGCAUUCGCUAAAGAACACUUGAUGGACUCUAUAGUGAAGCAACGCCAGUUUUGGUCUGACAAUGACGAAGACGUCCUCAAAGCAAUUAGAAAUGGUUACAUGUUGACCCAUUUGGACAUGUGGAAAGAAUUAGAAAAAUGGCCAAAGACUGUCACUGGACUGCCCAGCACUGCGGGAACAACUGCGAGUGUUGCUUUUAUAAGACGUGGCAAAAUAUAUAUUGGUCAUGUUGGAGACUCAGCUAUUGUACUUGGUUACCAGAAAGAUGGUUGUGAAGAAUGGGCAGCGAAACCGUUAACUUCCGACCACAAACCUGAGUCGACAGCUGAGAUUGAACGUAUUCAACGAUGUGGUGGCAAAGUUGUAUCAAAGGCUGGAGUGCCUCGAGUUGUGUGGAACAGACCACGAUUGGGACAUAAAGGUCCCAUAAAGAAGAACACCCCAAUGGAUGAAAUCCCAUUUUUAGCAGUAGCAAGAUCACUGGGAGACUUGUGGAGUUAUAACCCUCAUAAUGAUGAAUUCAUUGUCAGUCCAGACCCUGACGUUGGUGUAUUGACAAUAGACCCCUCGAAAUUCCGGUGUUUAAUAUUUGGCACUGAUGGUUUGUGGAACAUGAUAUCACCUGAGGGUGCAGUGAGUUUGGUGCAAGCGACUGAAAGGCAUAAUGAAGCAGCGUUAGUUGGAGGCAGUGCAAACCAGCCUAGGGAUUGGCUUAACCCGUCCAAGAGUUUAGUGGAUCAUGCACUUGAGAGAUGGUCAAAUACAAGGAUGAGGGCAGACAACACAUCAGUGGUGACGUUAAUGUUGGACCCUCCUGGUCCACCACGGGCCACGGUACUCCGUUCCAGGACUACCCAGAAGCCCACUACUUCGGUCACCACCAAUCAUGCACCUCCCGUUCCAGUCCCAACAAAGCCCGAGGAGGCCAAACCGGAGCCUCAACAGGAAAGUGAUAAUCGGCAAGUGCCUCAAAACGGUCUCACUAUCAUGACCCGCUACUCUGACGUGGAUAGGCCAGCGCCUUCCCCCGACACCCCUCUACCACCUUGCGCAACCAUCGAUUCUAGACUAUCAGUGACUCCGUUAGACACGUCCAAAGACUCGGAGAGCGAAGAGAGCGACGCGAUAACCAACUACGGGAACCCGGCCGAGUCGUACUUCAUGACUCGGUUAUUGAGCAGGAGUAGGGUGGUGAACACUCUCUCCGAAGUUUACGAUGAGAUAGUGGAGAAGAGGAGAGAGGCGUCUCCUCCCGCCACCGUGGUUCCCGAGGUCGCGGAAGCCCCCGUCUCCCCGCCCCACCCGGGUCCCGCCGGGGACGCCGAAGACGGCGGGAUACAGAUCAACGAAGUGUCUUCGAGCUCGCCCGUGGAGUUGCCUCCGAAAGUGCGAGGUCGCCGACCCAAGGACAGCAAACGCGAGGUGCCCAACGAUCGCGUGCUGCGGUCGCACCACGAGGAGCCUCAGAGGCCUCAGACUCGGCAAACGGGCCGGCCCCGCCCCUCGCCCGCGUUGGACCGAGUCGUGAUACUGAGCAGACGCGCCCCUCCGCCUCCCCCCUCGCCGCCGCCCGAGGAGGAAGAGAGGAGGACGACCAGGUCGCAAGCCACGCCGUUGAGCAAACUGACGCGCAGCCUGAGCGGAGUGGCGCGGGAGUUGCGCGCGGUGACCACAGGGGCGGGCGCGGGAAACUGUGCGCGCGCCCCGGGCCCCUCGCGGCGGGCCCCGGCGGCGCGACGACCCGCGGGCCCGGGGGCGGGGGGGGCCCGCAAGGAGAACCGCGGCGCCGCGCGCGGAGGGCCCCAAACCCUGCCCGCGCAAACCAAUGAGCGCGUGCAUUCCACUACGGAGGACGCGUGCGCGCGAAUACCGCUCGAACCGAGGACGUUGCGCUCCAGAAACGAAGCGGACUCCACCCCCGUGUCUAACAAUAGCAACAAUAAAAGGAAGUGCGAACUCUCCCCUGCACCUCCCGCUAGUAAAUCAGCGCGCGUCUCCGAACGCUGCUCGCGAGCUUUGGGGAAACGCUCGUCCGGACCCUGGGCGCCGGCGCUGGCGCUCAGGAACCGCUUGCGUCGAAGACUCGCGAAAUAGACCGGUGCCUUUCUAGUACUGCCAAAGUACCCUCGUUUUGGGGAGAUCUCUGCCUGCCCUCCCCUCCCCCCCCGAUCCGCGGUCGACCGUCGACGAUAGUACAAAGAGAUUCUAUUGAAUAUUAGCGUAAGUCUAACGCGUGGACCACUCGGAACGGAUUAGCCCUAUAUUAUAACAUAAUAGAUAUUUUUAUUCUUUCCAUGUUUUGGAGCGAUUGUCGUUUUGCAUUCGACCGACUCGCCCGGCCCAGUGAGGAUAGUGUUGUUCGCGUCGCGUGCGUUGCGGACGUGAGGUGUCGUGACGGACGAUAAUCGUGAAUUCUAUUACCGAGAGUGCUUUUCUCAAAAUGUUAAUUAAGAGUGCUGAUGUAUGUUUAAUACUAUAUUAGAUGUAAAAUGUACAGACGAGAAGUUAUUUUGUAAAGACACCAAAAUUUUUUUUUUGUCAUUUUAAAUUAUUGCGUAUUAGAAUGUGUUUUUUUCAAAACUAGUACGACUGUUACGGAUAUCAGAUAAUAAUGUAUGUUAUUCUUUUGGGAAAAGAAUUCGAUUUACUUCCUCGAUGAGCUUUAUUGAUUUUAGUGGUUCUAACGUUUGUUACUAUGAAGAGAUGGCGAGAGUUUAAUAAUAGCAUGCUAUUUUCUGUGCGUAAAGGUAUCUGAUGACAUCAAAACAUAUCGAAUAGAAAAAUUGUGUGUAAUGAGGUAUGUUUGUGCAAAUGUCACUUUGAUUUCGUUUUCAAAAUCUAAAUAGAGAAUACUUUAUAUUGGCCGCAUUCUAUCAGAUUUCUUCUUGCAUCUUCCAAUUUUAUGUUGAAGUAUUGUUAAUGUGAUUGCGAAACCAUUGAUAUAUAAUUAUUGUGAAACCAAAUGUGGUUCCCCUGUGUGAAUACGACUUGUUGAAUACUGUAGAAAUGUAUACUUUAUUACAGAGACGUACCUAAGGGUGGACUGAGGUAUAUAAAUAUUAGUUGUAACUAAUAUUUUGACAGUCCAUAACGCGUAAGUUGUUCGUGACAUCACCAAUUCGGUUUCAUUGUUUGCCUAUCUAAUUAGAAACACUAGAAAAAAACACUAAACACUUAAGAGAGGAGGCGGGCAAUGUUUUCCCAUACAAACGUUCUCGACUGAUUCCUCUUUGAUUUGUUAUUACUAAAGAAUUGAUUUUCAUACAUAAAAUAUAAUUUCACUCAUUCUAUGCUCCUAUGUCUUCCUUUUUUCGAUAACUUGUGUUUCAAAGAAACUAGAAGCCUUCGAAAAAGGCAAAAUAUAAACAAUUUUUUAUCACCACUAUAUAUGUCUAGUGUGGACAUUUAAUAAGCAUUUACAAAAAAGAGCAAAACAUAGAGGCAUAGUAUAACUACUCUUUAUUCUUUGGGUAAAAUGUCUUUUACAUAUUAUAUCUAAUUUUCGAGGAGGAAAUCUGCGGGAGCCAAACUUCGCAUUUUGCAGUUUUUAUACGCAAUUUUCAGCGUUUUCUACUGUUGUCCCUAUCGCACGGUAUUUGCCAAUGCGUAACAGCAUUGCUCGCGUCCGCUCUUAAGGAUAAAUACACAAAGGUGAUUUGGAGUUCCCUUACUCACACUAUCGGACAUCCCAAAUUAAGAAAUACGCAAAACGGUAACCUUACCUGAUACAAAUGUUUAAAGAAUUUGAGUGGCUUUACAGUGAAGCGUAGUCCCUCCCAUGGGGGGAGGGACACCGCGUGAGGGGCGUGUGUACCCAGCGUGAGGGGCGUAUGUACACCGCGUGAGGGGUGUAUGUACCCUGAGUGAGGGGUGUAUGUACCCUGCGUGAGGAGCGUAUGUACACCGCGUGAGGGGCGUAUGUACCCUGCGUGAGGGGCGUAUGUACACCGCGUGAGGGGCGUAUGUACACUGCGUGAUGGGCGUAUGUACCCAGCAUGAGGGGCGUAUGUACCCAGCAUGAGGGGCGUAUGUACUCUGCGUGAGGGGCGUAUGUACCCUGCGUGAGGGAUAUAUAUACCCUGCGUGAGGGGCGUAUGUAUCCAGCGUGAGGGGCGUAAAUAAUUUGCAUGAUAUGGAAAAAGUUUGCCCAUUCCUGCACUGGAGCCACUCGUUAUAUCUCAGCCAAACUAAGCACAGCCGGUACUAGAUAAUCUAUUAGUAAACAUAUUUAAAUACAGCUAAAAAUAUAUAUUAUUUGAUUACAUAUUUUUCAAAUUCGAUUUAAAUUCAAUAGUUGCAAAGUGUCCAGGGGAAAACGUCUUGUGAUACAAAAUGGGACACUACAGAGGGAUGACGUAAUGUCAAAUACUGGAUUUAUUACGCGUUUGAUUUUUAUUGACUAAAAUUUACGUCAUUUAACUUUCAACAAAGCAUGUUUCUCAGUUAUGCAUUACAAAUUCCUAUUUUGUUAACAGUGAUCGUUUCGUGGAAUUGAAAGUGCUUGUUUAACGAAAUGUAUAACUUAAUUAUUAAUUAUACAUGCCCCAAUCACAUUGUUGGGUUGAAUACCAAAGCGUAUUUUUGUGCAAAGUAUAAACUUUUUAAUAUAAUAUUGACUUCGAAUUGCAAUAAACUUUGUAUGACAUGUUAUUUUAGUUAAGAACAUAGUAUAUGUUGAUAUGGUUAAUUUUUAAAUAUUAUAUAAGUUUUUUUUUGUUGAGUAGAUAGUAUAUCUACUUAAUAAAUUAGAGAUAAAUAAAAAAAUUACCAUUUUUGUACCAAUGAAUUGUUGGUUUAUUGCGGGUUUAAAUGGUGUAUAUCGUUUAAGUUCUAGGAAUGGAUAUUUCCAUGAAAACAGAAAGCUGUCUUCUCAGCCGAUUUUGUGUUUUAAUACGCAGGAGGCAGUACUAAACAAUUUCACAGCAUAACUCUGAUACUGACAAUACCAUAAUUUUGUCGUCAAAAUAAUAUGUAUCAUUGGUGUUUACAAAUUUAAACUAUAAUAAUAAUAAUAUUUAUUUGUUCUCUUCUCACACACUGAAUUUUACAAAAAAAAUAUAGGUAAUUUAUACAAAUACAAUCGGUUAAGCAUCAGCCAUCUUUAAAUAUUUCAAAAGCUACGUAUUUGAAGUGUCAGAAGCUGGUGCCUGAAGUAGGCAUUAAAGGCCUGUAGUACUGGUCGCCAGGUUCCCACUCCACAGAAAUUAUCCUACAUAUACAUACGGAGUGCAAGCUGCAUAAUAUUGUCGUCAUAAAUUUGUGCCUAUAUUAAAGUCAUGGUUAAUUCCAAUCUAAGCAGAGCUUGAACUAUAGAGACUAACAAGCUUACAAUACCCCUAGCACGAACCAUUAUCGAAUUCGAAUAGUUUGCAAACCGAAAUGUCAAUGUCAAAUUUUGUAUGGAAACUUGAACAGCAGCGGCACAAAGUACGUAAUCAGAACUAAAAAUCAGUACACAUUUGACAAUGACAUUGCGGACUCGCAAACGAUACGAAUUCGAUAUUGGUUCGUGCUAGGGUACUGUACAUAACUUGAUGGGGAUGUUUUUAUAAAGAAGACAAAUGAAUAUAAAAUUAUGAUGUUGACAUUUUAUAAUCUUAUAAAUUCGGAGGUUAUAUAAGGAUAAGAUUCUUUAUAUGCAUGUUAUCAGUAUAAAAAUGUUUGUCUGUCCCACUUGUCGUAUUGAGUUAUUCUAUAAUAGUACAAUUGGUACUAAUUCAUCCCAGUCUUAUGACACGCAGAAAGUCUGUGGUCUUAGUUCUUCUAAGAAAUCGCGUUGUGCAAAAUUGUUUUACCAUUUUAGGUAACAAUAACUGUAAACUAUACUUUAAAAUAAAAUAAGACAUGCAUAAGAUAUAUUUUUCGGAUUUCAAUUCUAAAUGGAACAAAUACCAGAUGGAUAGUGCAUGAAUAUUAAAGCCUUUUUUCUAAUAGUUUUUAAUUAAGUAAGUGACACCAAAUAUCAUUCCGGCACUUCACUUGGCUAUUCGUAUUUGCUUUAUAAGAAAAAAAAAUAAAAAAUUAACAAAAUUCAAUAUCGUUUAUUCAGUCUAGGCUGUUACAAGCACUUGUGAAUGUCGAAAAGCUACGCCAUCGGUUCGCAAAUCUACGGCGGGAGACAUUGUACUGAGAAGAACCGACAAGAAACUCAGCUAAAGCUGUUUUUUCUCCCUCUAUCAUAUACAGAGUCGUCAAAUUGAAAAAUUACAAAAUUUUAGAUAACUCAUGAAGUCACUUUCCAAAAUCAAAAGAACAUACUAAUGUCAAGUUUAGCCAAGUGAAGUGCCGGCAUCAGAAUAACACUAACAAUUGAACUUUGAGACGACCGCGAUAGUUAAUUUUAUGUUUGAAGUUGACAUCAAUAAAACUUCAUCAAUACAACACGCUACCUAAAGGAGCAUUUAUUUUAAUAGGCGUCUUUAAGUGCGGAAGUUAGUAAGGACUAAUAUGCUAUAGUGUAAAGUCAUGGUACUUAUACCAUCGUGAAUAAAAUUUUGAAGAUUCAAUUUUACAUCGUUAACAUUCUUUAACUCUAUGAAAUGGUACCAAAAUAUUGAUACAAAAAUCUUUAUACAUAUUAUGAAUGAAUUAUUUGUAGAGUACGGAAAUUAGGUAUGAAAUGCAUAAUUUCCAAGAGGGCGAUUCUUGUCUGCGCGUUGUCACGAACAACUUGCACCAAAAUAUUAAAGAAUUGUAAUAAUGAUGUGCCUCAUUUGUUACCGAUUUAAACAGCAAUUAAAUAGGUGAAGUGUUCUUUGAUAUAUGAGAUAUGUAUUUUUAUUAAAUAUAACAUUUAUGCAUUGUAACUUAGAUAUUAAAAGAGUUAAUAUAAUUUGUUAAGCUAAUUGUGGUUCUAGUAAAUUAAUAUGGUCCUGUCAUUUACAUCUGAUAUAUAAAUAACGGAUGUUAUUUUUUAAGUUUAAACAAUACCUUUUUGUUUUUGAAAAUAUUGAUGUAAGUGACGGAAUAUUUUUUAUAUAAAAAAACAAACCCAGCUAGUUAAUAAUGAUGAGAUGAGGGUAAGAAAUGCCUUGCGAGAGUUGUAAGGGUUGAAAGGUGGUGUGAAGAGUUUGCUAACGAAAAAUUGAGAAGCUAAAACAAAUUUAUAACUAUACAUAUUAAUUUUAAAGAAAGUAAAGGAUUAUUGUAGAAUUUAUUUUUUGAUUUAAAUAAAGUUUGUAUGAAAUAGAAU